AUGCUCUCACCAACUUCCGCGAAUAUUGAUGCCCAAGCGUGUUCUAUGCCGAAAAAGGCGGCAAUCGUCUCCAUGGGAAUCAUUGAUACCCAUAUGAUAACCGUGGACUCGACCAGGACGCUACGCAUAUGCCCACUUGACCCCCUGAGCAAGGACAAUAUCGAAACUGUGGCGGAUGUCUCCGUAUCUGCGCACCGAGAUUCUGUGCUAGGGAUCAGCACCGUCGAGACACCUAAUACUAGGUCUGCGGAAUUUUUCACCUGGUCCUGUGGUGGGACUGUCAGAUUCUGGAAUGUUAAAGGAACCUGCUGUGAUACAUACAAGGUCGACUUGGAACAACUUUCAGAUGAUGACGAUGACGCCAAUGAGUUAAAGGUUUUACGAGCUACAGGCGGCAUAAAAAUGUUUGUUUCCGGGGAUAGAUAUGGGGUAAUAAGAAUGGUCCAGCUAUUCAAGAGUUCCGACUACUCAAUCGAUGUAAUACAAACGAUGGAUGAGCAUGUUGGCGCUGUUGGGCAACUAAUAUUCACAAAGGAUGGUAAACGAUUACUCUCCUCCUCGGCAGACAGAACGAUUAUCAUUCGCGAACGGAUGACUCGGGAUGACGACGGCGUCUCUACGGUUGCCUUUAUUCUCUCAAAAGUCAUCACGCUGAAAGCCUCGCCCGUUUCAAUGAUAUGCCCGCCUGGUGACCCAGACACACUGAUCUUAUCUACGAUAGAUAGACUUAUUCAGAGAUACCAUAUACCAUCUAGCCGGCAAGUUCAUUCAUUUCGGGUGGUUGACCCAGAGAGUGGCGAUACGGCAGUCAUGAGCUCCCUCACCAUUGAAAGGGAUUAUCCCGAAUACGGCCCGAGACUACUUAUUGGUGUAUCGACGACGGAUAAGUCCAUAAGGGUGUACGACUCAGAAAAGGACACACUUCUGACCAGAGAAUUUGGCCACACCGAAGGAGUUAGUGACGUUGUGCUUCUUGAAAACAACGAACCGAACCCGUCAGGUGUAAUAAAGAGAACACUCAUCAGUACUGGCUUGGAUGGAGUUAUCAUGGUGUGGAACCUCUCUACUCAACAGCAAUACUUGCAAGAAAGCCCACACCUUGUCGUCCACCCAGAGGAGGAGACUCCUACAAAAGAGCUUACGGCAGUUAAACCACCUCUCCGGCGCAUCCUCUCAAAAACCGAAUUGGCUGGAUUUCAAAAGUCAGAUAAUGUCAUGACAACCCCAACUCCAGUCCGCGAUUCUCCCCCCCGUAUCCGCAAGAAAACGUCUAGAUACACUCUAGGGGGAGGCUUCAAGAACGGCGUCAAUGGCAUAUCUGCAAUAUCCACGCCCCCCCUGCCUCCACCUCGCCGAUCUCCCACCACACCACAUUCCGAUAGGAAUCAGGCCAAUCGAUCUCCUUCCCCUCCAAGCCCCAGACAUUUGUCUAGGACAGUGAGCAACAAGACUAGCAGUAGUAGUCUUCGAACCAGCGGUAGUCUUCGACGCCCAUCUAUGCUUGAAAUCCGCACUCGCACAUCUAGCAAAUCCAAUUGGAAUUCGCCUACCAACGGUAACUCGCCCAGCGAAUUUGGCAGUCUAAACAUGUCUACUGAACAAGUCUGUCGGACACUACGAGCUUAUCGCAAAAAGCUAAACGUCUCGCCCGAUAAAUUUAACCUCCAAGGAGCAAGCGAACUCGAGCGGGAACUUGAUCUAACUGCUCGUUCGCUGGGCGACAAGAUGAAAAAGUCACAGAUGAAUGGGGCGAAGAAUGAUCCCAAUUCAAACGGGAAUACACCCACUACCUGCAGAAAUAAAGAUCUGUCACCAUUACCCCCUAAACCAGCCCGACUUGCACGUCGAAUACCAUCAACGCCUAAUUUAGGCCACGCGCGGAAUGGGAAAGGCCAUAGAACCAAUUCUCUUGACGCGGAUGGGGAGGGGUAG